GGUUAGGGGAGGGUUUGGCCGGGGUAGGUCGUCAUUGUAAAUAAGAUUUUGUUCUUAACUGACUUGCUUAGUUAAAUAAAGGUUAAAUAAAAAGUGUACAAUUCUUACAUAGAAACUUCAUUGGGGUGAAGGAUAUUUGACAUACUUUUUUACAUUUGUAUCACAAACCAUUUUUGAGAAAAUCAUGAUGAAGGUGGCCAUUUUAGGCUACCUCAUAUCCCAAAGAGGAAUAGGCCUACCACACGGGGUGGAGUACGUGACUCCAUAACUAUGCAAUACAUCUUGAAGGAAAUGAUUGAUGACACAAAUCCAUUAUGGGUGACUUCAGUCAACCGUAUAAGCUUCAUGUGGAGGGGUAUUUAAACAGGGACGGCUGUUGCACAUUUUCCAGUCCCCCGCCUGUUCAAUGUGUUGUAAGGGUAAGUGCAGGUUAACUUUGUCAUUUUCAACUAUUGUAAUAAACAAGCUAUUUAAUACAACAUGAAAGGCCUUUUUAGACCUAUACAUGCCUGCUGUAAUGUACUUUGGUUGAAAUGAUCCAACCAUUAUGUAGAAAGUAUGUUGAAUAUAAUAAUAAACUACAUUGAUCAAUCUGACUGUAAUAUUAUGUGAAUAAAUCCAACAGGCCCUGUACGUCUCUGGAUAAACCCAGUGGAGGUAGCGAGCCUUGAAUUACCUCUGAAUAGAAUUAACAUGUCUCUAACUUGCACCGCUAUAAAAUUAUUAAGAGAUUUGUUACAAAUAGCUUAUCCUGGCGACCAAUGUUCUAGCAUUCAUUUUUUGAGGCAAGCAGAUCAGAGAUGUCAAGGUGAUAUCCAAUAAUGUGUAGUGUAAAAAACAACUAUCGAUAGACAUAAAUUAUAAGCUUAUAGUCAAUUAAUCUGUAGAACGAGGAAUCAAUUUACUAAUUUCAACUAAUAUAUUUUUUAGUCACAAAAUAAUGAACGGAAGAAUGAAAACAAGUGUUACAUGAUACCUUACAGAAUACUCCGAGUAAAAUGACUGUCACCAAUAGGCUUAACGUAGUGACACGUGUCUUCAGUUCAGAAUCAUCUCUGAAAGAAAAAGCAGUACGUGACACAGUAUAAGAGAAUUCACAGUCAAAUUCAAGCAGAAACUCACCCCCAACCUGAAUGAACAUUUCUUUACACUUUGCAAUCAAAAACAAAAGACAGGAAAACACAACCGGAUGCUAAUCUAAUCAACUGCAUUUAAAUGAUAGGAGGACACCCCUGUGUCGCUUUGAACUAUCCGCAAUCCGACCAACAAAAUAUACAUUUCCCGGAGAAAACCGCAGAGAAGGUGUGUUUGACCUCUGUGAUAGCCCACAGAUGGCCAGCCAUCCAAACAAUGUCAUAAAUCAUGAUUGAGUCUUCAAGCUGGGCCUCAGCGCCAGCAAGUCGCUAGUCUCGAGGAGAUCACCAUCUCUCAUUCUUCCACUACAGUAAGACCCUAUGAUCCGUGAGCCGUGCAGUCAUACUCCUUAGUGUGUGGAGUAGGGAAUUACCAGGGACCUCACGAUACGUUAUCAUCACCAUGCUUAGGUGCCGAUACGAUAUGUAUUACGAUUCUCACGAUUCUGCUAUUUGAAACACUAUGUCUACUGUGGAGAGAUAAGAGAGAACAUGGGAAAAUGAGGUUUUAUCAGUCAUGGAAAUAAGUGCUGAAAACAUGUUGGCUCACUAUUUAAAACGAUGGAGAACAAGCUAUAGGAUGAGUUUUGGUGAAUUAGAUUUUUGCAUUUUUUUUAAUCUAUACUUGUAAUCAAAGUAUUGAUAUAUCGCCCACAAUAAUAUUGCAAUAUGUAACUAUAUAUAUAUUUUUUAUAGCCCUUAUCACUAAUACGGAGUAUGUUUAAGUUCUGAAAUUCAAUUUGUCACAUUAAUUUAUUCAACAUAAAACUCAUAAGGACCCUUUUUCAUUUUCCUCAUUGAAAGACAUUGGUUGGAAUAAUAUACUCUAUAAGUACAUCACAUUUCCAGAGUUGGUUGUCUGCUAAUUUUGAAGUUAUGAUGCAUUUUAUUACCACCACCAACACAGUGAAUGGGAAAAUGGAUUCAAAUGCUAACUCCCUCUGCUGGUGAUUUGCUGAAUGUGCAAUCCUAAAUGUGGGCUAUGAUUUAUUGAAGACCUAUGUUUUUUAUAAAUGGGUCAUAUCUUCUAAAGUACCAGAGAGCCACUCUAGAAAUUUGACCUGUUUUAAGAGUAUAUUGUUCCAAACAAUGUCUAAAAAUAUGCUACAUCAAAAAAAGUACAUUGAGAUAUUAGUGUUUUAUGUUGAAUAAAUUAAUGUUCAAGACAUAUUCCAUAUUUUAAGGCACACUAUAAGGCAGGCCUGGGCAACUCCAGUCCUCCAGGGCCUGAUUGGUGUCACUCUUUUCUCCAUCCCUAACAAACACAGCUGAUUAAUCAAAUCUCAUUCUAAACUGAAGAUCAUGAUUAGUUGAUUAUUGGAGUCAGGUGUGUUAGCUGGGUCUGGGGCAAAACUGUGCCACCAAUCAGGCCCUCAAGGACUGGAGGGCCCAUUUGUAAUGCUCAUUCUCCCUCUGGAGUGGUUCCCCCUGAACAAGCCCAGUGCUGGAGACUACUUUCACAUGGCCUACAAUGUCAUCACGCCAUUCCUACUGCUCAAGCUGAUUGAGAGGAGUUCCAGGGCCUUACCUCGCUCCGCCGUGUACCUGAGCAUCAUCACCUUAGUGAUGGGCGCCAGCAUCCACCUGGUGGGCGACUCCAUCAACCAUCGUCUGCUGCUGAGUGGCUACCAGCUCCACCUGUCUGUCAGAGAGAACCCCAUCAUCAAAGACCUCAAACCUGCUACACUGAUUGAUUCGUUUGAGCUUCUUUAUUUUUAUGAUGAACAACUGGGACAUUUGAUGUGGUAUAUUCCUUUCUUCAUCAUCCUCUUCCUCUACUUCACUGGCUGCUUUACUCACGUCAAAGAGGAGAAGACGAUGCCCCUGUCUGGUUGGCUGCUACUCGGACCCAGUGCCCUCUACUAUUGGUACUUGGUCACAGAGGGUCAGAUCUUCCAACUCUUCCUCCUCACCUUCCUAGCUAUGGUAGCCACGGUGAUCCACCAGCGGCAUAAGGGCUCUGUCCCAGACGCCAAUGGCCUCUUUCUGUUCGCCAGCUUCUCUGUCACCAUGUUCCUGGUGGCCGUGUGGGUGGCCUGGCUGUGGAGCGACCCGGUGCUGCGUAAGAAAUACCCCGGUCACCUGUACGUCCCCGAGCCCUGGUCCUACUACACAUUACACGUUAAGGACAGCCACUGAUAGGAGUGACAACAGAAUUGACUGGUCUGAAACGUUCCUGCUACAGAUAAAUGGUCAAUCCGCUCCCGAAUGACAUCAUCAGCAAGCGCCACAUGGUGUGUGAAUCGAGCACAGUGUUGUGCUGCAUUCUGGGACAGGCCCCUCUUUUCUACAGUUGCACCCCACCACUCCCCCAACCCCAACCCCAUCCACAUAACAAUGACCAUCAUACAGUAUGCAAUGUUACAGUAUUCAUUUAAAAUGAGACAAAAAAAAUGAACUCAAAGAAAGGUCAGUGUUGGAUGUACUUGAACAUCAUUGUAUUGCUUCAAGUAAGUUGUUUCAACAUUUCAAUAUCAGAUAUUUUUAGUAAUAAACGUUUUUUACUCCA